UGCCCGCAUUGCGGGCUUGUUGUGGGUGUGGCUGGUAAUUCGAUAAAGAAGAUAACAAUGAAGGAGCUAUUUCUCAUUUAUUCGUUAUAUCUCUCGCUUCUAGCUACAAUAGCUAUCGGUACCGAUGUAGCCCCCAGUAGUGAUACAAUGGAGUCUUCAGAGUCAAUUAUCAUGCUUUCUCCAUCACCUACAUCAACAGUGACACCCUCUCCCUCUUCAACCCCCUCUUGGCUCGAUGAGCACCUUAGUCUAGUAAUAGGAGUACCAACUGGGAUUGGACUAUGCAUAUUAAUGUUCUUGGGGUGUCUCAUUUACUGUGGAAUAUCAGCAGCAGUACAUGCAUGGAAGGAGAGGAGGGCCGCACAGGGUGAUAGUUCGUACCACGGUUCUGGAGGUGGUACCAGAUUCACUGGUGUCGCCGCUACUCCUCAUGCCUCCUCUGCUUAUAACUCAUCAGUAGCUUAUAAUACUUCGUCAGCUUUUGAACCAAGUGAUGACACACUGCCAAGAAGAAAGAAAGGCUCCCAUGGAAAUCAUGUUGAUGAUGAUCCAAGCAGUUUAGCAGUUGAUCCAACUGAGGAUGUUUCUGGCGUUUAAUUCCUUGACCAUUUCUUCCUCCAGCUGCAUAAUUAUACACACGUGACAUGCAUAUUAACAUCCCUCCUUCAUAAUUGCUUCACACUCUAAUCAACAUAUUAAUUGUGAUAAUAAUGAUAUGAGAAUAAUAAUAAUAAUAAUAAUAGUACUACAAUCAUUAUGAUGAUGUCUCAAUUGUUUUUAGUUUUUUUUUCUGUCAUUUUUAUGGUUCUUUAAUCCAUUACUUUUAUUUUAAUAUUA